AUGAAAUCGAGAUUUGAGGAUGGAGCUGCAAAGAAAAGAAAGAAGAAAAGAGAAGAAGAAUUAACAAAAUCUCUAGCCAAUUCUAUGUUCAGGUAUUUGAAAAAACCAAAAUCUCACAGUGACAUAACAGCUGAUGAACAUUGUGAAACUUCUAAGCAAGGAGAACUUAAUGAGGUUAGAAUCCAUAGUGAAGAGCAAGAAGCAAAUAAUAAUAGGGUUGAGAAAGAUGAUGAGGAUGUUGUUGGUAAUCAUGGAGAUAGUGUGCCUUUCAACGAGGAUUCUUUGGAUCCUGCAAAUUGGGGAAAAAUUGAUCAAAUGUUGAGAGAUUUUUUGGUUGGAAAAGGUCCUCUAGCACGACCGUAUGAGGAUUAUAAGUUUCCCAAAAAUGUCAAUGGUAGACAUUUUUCUCAUAAACUCUACAAAAGGCCAAUGAAGAACGGAAGGCUUGGUCAACAUGAACGUAGUCAUGGUCACCUUGUGUGCAUGAGCCAAUGGAUGGAAUUGGAGUUGAGAUUGAAAAAGGAUAUAACAAUUGAUAAGUCUGUCCAAGAAGAAAUCAAGAAAGAGAAAAAUCAUUGGCGAGAAGUUUUAUUGAGAUUAUUUGCACUAGUGAAGACUUUGGCUAAAUGCAAUAUAGCUUUCCGUGGAAGCAAUGAUAAGAUUGGUGAGAAUAACAAUGGGAAUUUUCUUAGCUUUAUUGAAAUGUUUGGAGUUUUUGAUCCAGUGAUCAGGGAGCACAUCAGACAUAUCAAAGAGAAGAAAACUCAAUACCAUUAUCUCAGUCACAAAAUUCAGAAUGAAUUGAUAGCAAUGUUGGGAUCAGAGAUGAAGCUUAUGAUCAUUAAGAAGAUUCAAGAGGCAAAAUAUUUUUCAGUUAUUCUGGAUUGUACUCCCGAUAUUAGUCACAAAGAGCAAAUGUCUCUUAUCAUUCGAUGUGUGGAUGUUUCUAUGGAUUCAGCUCAGGUAUCAGAAUAUUUCAUUCACUUUUUGGAGGUUGGUGAUAAAUCAGGAAAAGGGUUGUUUGAUCUACUUUGUGAUACAUUGGCUGAUCUUAACUUGGACAUUGAUGAUGUCCGAGGACAAGGCUACGACAAUGGCUCAAAUAUGAAGGGGAAGCAUAAAGGAGUACAAAAAAGAAUGCUUGAUGUGAAUCCAAGAGCAUUUUAUACGCCAUGUGGUUGUCAUAAUCUGAAUUUGGCACUUUGUGAUAUGGCUAAGUCAUCUACUAAAGCGAUUGAUUUUUUUGGGAUCAUCCAACGUUUAUAUACAUUGUUCUCGCCUUCUACUACUAGGUGGGAUAUAUACAAGAAAAUGGUAGGAGGUCCUACACUUAAACCCUUAUCAGAUACUCGUUGGGAAAGUCAUCUUGAGAGCGUUAAAGCUAUACGUUUUCAAGCUCCUGAAAUCCGUGAUGCUCUGUUUUUCUUGGUUGAAAACACAGAAGAUCCUAAAACUCGGAGUGAGGCUGAGUGUCUUGCGAUAAGUGAAACUCACGGAAUUGGAGGAUUUGAGUUUUUGUUUAGUAUUGUUAUAUGGUAUGAUAUUUUGGCUGCCGUGAAUACUGUGAGCAAGACUUUGCAAAGUGAAGAUAUAGAUAUUGAUGCAGAGAUUACACAACUAAAAGGGUUAGUCUCUUUUUUUCAAAAGUAUAGAGAAACGGGUUUUGAAGCAGCAAAAGUUGAAGCCACAAAAAUUGCUGUUGAGAUGGAUAUCGAACCCAUCUUUCAUGUUAAAAGGAAGCGCCCUAUUAAAAAGAAAACCCAUUUUGAUGAAGAGCCAAGACAAGUUGAUGAUGAAAGUGUGGUUCUGAGCGAAGAGGAGAAGUUUAUAAUCGAGUAUUUCAUGAAAAUCAUGGAUCAAGCUCUAGUUUCUCUUCAAACAAGGUUAGACCAAUUUCAAGAGUAUGAGAAAACGUUUGGUUUCUUGUUUGAUCUGAGAAAACUCAAUUCAGCAACUGAUGAUAGCUUAAAGGAAUCAUGUAUCAAUCUUGAAGCUUCUCUUAAGCAUGGAGAACCUUCAGAUAUUGAUGGGAUUGAUUUAUUCUUUGAAAUCAAGGUCUUUCGAGAAGUUCUACCAGAAAAUGUCAAAAGGACUGCUGAGAAUUAUGCUUACAAUCCCGGUUUCAGUGGCCUCGGCAGAGCGAAGCUUUUCAAAGCUAAAGUUGAUCAAGUCUUACUUAAGAUCAACAAUGUCACAAGAUAG